AGGGAAGUAUGUUUAGUUUUCUCCCUUGACGGCUGCAACUAUGUUUUCAUCGUGGACCCUCUGGAAUGUAUGUAAGUGAUGGAGAUCGACGCAGAGCCAUCUUUAGACAAGGUACGGAUUGAGACCAUCGACCAUAGCGAAACGUCUAUGAGCAUCGCCGAUGAUGAAGACAUGGAAGAAAGAGUGAGACGUUGUGCGGAUCGGAUCAAUAUUUUCUUGAAGACCAGGGAAGUCGAAGAGGCAGAGAAGGACAAGAUCAAAGAAGUUCUUCGAACGCACCAGGAAGUGAACGACGCCUGCCUUGCUUUCCUUUGUCACGAGAACGAAAUGAUGCGGAGAGAGCUGGAAGCAGCGCGUGAAAAGAUUGUGCGUCUACCCGAUCAUGGCCAUGACUGCAAGGAAGGAUAUCAGACCCCAUUGAAGUGGCAAGAGCUCAAGCAUAUUCACAUUGGGGAGAAAUGGAUGAAACUGCCGAUCGAUUCUGCAGGACUCUCUGACGCAACAUUGAAGGCAAAACAAGCACUCCAGCAAGCUGAGCUUGAGUUAUUGAAAUCUGCUGAGAGACUAUCAAAGUACAAGGAGCCUUGGACUCCCCCAGUGCAUUGCAAGUAUUUCACAACUUCAAGAAAGGCGAAUAUGAAUGAUCACGUCGCUGCCGAAAAAGACAAAGAAGAAGUAAAAGAAUCGUUCAGGAAAUGUUCUGAGUUGCUACUUGAUAGCGAGUAUAUUGCCUAAUUUAACAUUUAAUUCAAUGG